ACACCAUAACCAUCAAGACCAAGGCUUCGCCACUCACCCUCUCGGCACUUUACUACACAACAUGUCUGGUCGUGGAAAGGGAGGAAAGGGACUCGGAAAGGGUGGUGCUAAGCGACACCGUAAGAUUCUUCGCGAUAACAUCCAGGGUAUUACCAAACCCGCUAUUCGUCGUCUCGCUCGCCGUGGUGGUGUCAAGCGUAUUUCUGGUCUUAUCUACGAGGAGACUCGUGGUGUUCUCAAGAUUUUUUUGGAGAACGUUAUCCGAGAUUCGGUCACCUACACGGAACACGCUAAACGCAAAACUGUCACUGCUCUGGAUGUCGUGUAUGCACUGAAACGAUCAGGUCGUACCCUCUAUGGUUUCGGAGCUUGAGACGCCACGUCUGUUUUCAACCUUCCAAUCAUGAGCAGCCGAUUCGGCAUGGCGUUCCCUGUUUUCUCUCCUUUAUUAUAUUGUCGUUUAUAAGUUCGUAUUGUGUAUGUAUCUCUUGUACAAAAGGUGUUAGGCUAUCUAUCUAUCUAUCAUUGACGACACCAGAAGCAUUAGUGUCACAC